AUGAUUAGGAUGAAUCUUAGUAUCAAAGAGGUCUUCUGUGUCUACUGGGAUAGCACAAAUGCGGGCGGCCACUGGUCCAGGCAUGGCUGCUCCCAGCUACAAAGGAAUGAAAGCCACACUGUGUGCAGUUCGACCCACCUGUCCAGUUUCGCUGUCCUCAUGGCCAUCACCAACCAGGAGGAGGAUCCUGUGCUGGUUGUAAUCACCUACGUGGGUCUGGGCCUCUCUCUGCUGUGCCUCCUCCUGGCAGCCCUCACAUUUCUGCUGUGCAAAGCCAUCCAGAAUACCAGCACCUCAAUUCAUCUGCAGCUCUCAAUUUGCCUCUUCCUGGCCCACCUGCUUUUCCUCAUAGCCAUUGACAAAACUGAGAUCAAGAUCUUGUGUGCCAUCAUCGCAGGUGCCUUACACUAUCUCUACCUGGCCUCCUUCACCUGGAUGCUGCUGGAGGGCCUGCACCUCUUCCUCACUGCACGCAACCUGAAAGUGGUCAACUACUCCAACAUGAACAAAUUCAUGAAGUGGUUCCUGUUUCCAGCAGGAUAUGGGGCCCCGGCUGUUAUUGUGGCCAUUUCUGCAGCACUCAGACCUCAUCUUUACGGAACACCUCAUCGCUGCUGGCUUGAAAAGAACCAGGGAUUCAUCUGGGGUUUCCUCGGCCCUGUCUGUGCCAUUAUUUGUGUGAAUUUUGUGUUUUUUUUCUUGGUCCUUUGUAUUUUGAAAAAGAAAAUUUCUUCCCUCAAUAGUGAAGUGUCAACCAUACAGAAUAUAAGGAUGCUGACAUUCAAAGCCACAGCUCAGCUCUUCAUUCUGGGAUGCACGUGGUUCCUGGGAAUGCUGCAGGUGGGUUCAGCUGAACAGGUUAUGGCCUACCUGUUCACCAUCAUCAACAGUCUGCAGGGUGUCUUCAUCUUCCUGGUCUACUGUCUCCUCAACCAGCAGGUCCAAAAGUGGUUUAGAGAGAUCAUAAAACCUAAAUCUGAGUCUGAAAGUUAUACACUUUCCAGCAGGUUUGGCUCUGAUUCAAAACCUGAGGUAAGAGAUGUUUUUCCAGGACAAGUAAAGAGAAAACAUUAA